AUUUCAGACUCCAAAGUCAUGGAGGCAGCUCUGAAGCUUGAACAGUGCGUUCAGCAAUGCUUGAUUUGGUUGUCGACAAGUCAGUGUGAUGAAAAACAGACGGAAGAAGCUCAAGGUGUUGUGCAACGUCUGCAAUCAUUGAGUCAAGAAAUAACUAAUUACAUGACAUCACAGCAGGUUGCAAUGACAGGUGCAGACACCAAUGAGAAACUGCAACAGGAAAUAGAGGAAAUGACAACAGAACUUGCUACAAAGAAACGUCUCAUGAAGUCUCUUGACGAGAUGGUGAUUUGGUGGCAGAAUGAACUUGAAUGUUUAAGUAGAGAGCAGAACCAGCUCCAGGACAUAAUUUCAGUGAAUACAGCGGAAUGAUUUUGUGACAACAUAGUAACAGGGAUUGCACCAUUUUGUUAUUGUUCUCUCAACAGAGUUCGAGACCUAAUCAUACUUAUGAUAUUCAUAUGAACAUGUACUAUAUAUGCCAUCUAUCAGAAUAGGUAUAGCUGAGAGCUUUUUAAUAAUAGAUAUGUUACAACAUGAAAAUUAAUCAGUCCGUCAGCCAAUCACUGUAAGAGUGUGGGUGCGGUCACUGUUAUUUUUUGUAUCCAGGCAUGUAAAGUAACAAGAGUUUUUGAACGCGUAGAAGUGCGGCGGUUAUGUCACCAGUGUCUAUAGUUUGUUAUGGAUAGAUCUGACUGCCACUGAUAUUAAAAU